GAUGAAUCGCAAACUUGGAGGCUAGUACUGAAAAGUCUCCUUUUACUAGGAAUAACAGUACUAAAAAUGAUAACAUAACCAUUGUGGCUUGCUUAAUGGCUGAGUGAGGACUCCUUAGUCGUUCAUACUCAACAAAAAGAGUAAGGAUGCUGCUGCACCGGACCCCCUUUAUACAAAAGCGAGCCGUCCCCCAAACAAACCAUUCAUCCACCUUCGCCCAAGACAAGUCAAGCUCUGCCUAUUCAUACAGUAUUAAAAUAUCUUCAGUUGCAACUCUCCGUUCGCUUCCAUUAAUUGGCUCGCGAAUCACAGUAUCACUGCUUUCUUCUGAGCUCCAACGUGGUGGACUGGAAGCACCAUCCAUUCCAUGCAAAGCUUUUCGAAUUCUCGCUGCCAUUUCAGCAGCUUCCCCAGGAUAUCCUGUACUAGAGCGCGCAAGAACUCGAUUUCGAGAAGAUUUGGCGGACAGUUCUCCCGAAGUUUGGCGGGAUUUAGAUCUCAAGGGCAACUUCGUGAACAUCUCAAUCUGCUUCUCCGCCACUUCAGCUCUGGAUUUCCAGUGUUCAGUCUCUUUCUUUGUUUCCCUCAAUUGCUCACUGAGAGUCCCAAUAUCAAGGGACCCUCGGGCCUCGAGCUGCUUUUUCAGUUGUCGGACCUCCUCGGUUUUUGCUGCGAGCUGUCUCCGGAGAGUUCGGAUCUGGGCAUACAGCACUGAAUUGCUACGACCUGGAAGAGGGCUCCCGGCUGGACUGACAGAACGCGAACUCGAAAAUACAUCUCUAAAAGGCGAGUCUGGAUGUACAAAGCCAGCCCUAUCAGCGAGACUGGGCCUGGAGUUUACACAAUUGAGCUCGGCUUCUCUGAAGCUAAAAUUUAUUGGGAGCUUUUUGAGGUCAAUAGUACCAGCAGGUCCAUCAAACUUUGGAACUUCGGUCGAAACCGCGGAAGGAAAUCCAGCUACAGCUUCUGGAGAAACAGGGGACUGUAAUGAGGCUGGGAUUUGCAUGGUACAUAUUGCGACAUGUUCGUCAUGGCCGGGUGAGGUCGAACACCUAGCAGAGGAAAUUGACUGUUGCUGCACUUCCUCAACAGCCUCUCCAAAGGGCGUCUGGGGUACAAACGCACACUCCGUAUCCCCGUUGGAUGAAUUUGGCAGAUUUGUUUCUGUUGGAGAUGUAAUGUCUAGAGAACAUGGAGUCUUUCGGCAUCCAAGCGGACUCAACUUAGACAUAGGAGGCGACUGCGUUGACGCUGGAACACCUCCAGGAGAUGAGUUAGCAGCAUGGAUGGUUAUUUCAUCUUUCCCAGCAAGUGAUGUCCUUCGGCUCAAAUUCAAAGUUGUAUCAAGAAGUAAUUUGCGGCUGGCGACCAAAGAACUGCGUCUUGAUUGUGGUGUAAUGGCGGAUUUUCCUGAUUUCUGAGACUUCGUAGGAGAUGGUGGAUUGGUCGUAUAUGGAGCGACCAAGCUUUCCUUGGGAGAACCGGCACAAUUUUGAUCCUCUCUAGCCAAGAACUCGGUG